AAUCGCAAUUUAAAAGAAGGAAAAAGAGAACAGAAAAAAAAAGAUUCGAAUUAUCCAACAGGAGGUAAAGGGUAAGAGAGGAGAUAUCGAAUAUCCAGGAAUAAUGAAAAGCUUUUCAGUAUGGAGGCGCAACAUCGAAGGACAACGUUGAGCAUGCGCGAGACCGUAGCUCCUUGCAGAUACUAUGAGCGGUGGUGUCUACGGUGGUGACGAGGUCGGUGCUAUCAUUUUCGACGUUGGACAUCAGAGCCUUCGCGUUGGAUAUGGCGGUGAGGAUACACCGAAGGCUGAAAUCCCAACGAAUCUUGGCGUAUGGGAGGAUCCCGUUGAUUUGCCUGAAUGUAAUCAUACCGUCAGAAAGCAUUACAACAUCGACGUCACUGCCAUUCAAGUCCGUAAAAAGGAUAUGGAGAUGGUCAGCUUGAUGAAAGAUGGUAUGGUCGAAGAUUGGGACAUGUUCGAACGUUUAACCGAAUACACGUAUAAACAACGUCUUCAUGCUUUACCAGAACACCAUCCGAUUUUAAUGACGGAGUGUCCCUGGAACACGAGAUUGAAACGAGAGAAACUUCUUGAAUUAAUGUUCGAAAAGUUUAAUGUUCCGGCUAUGUAUAUCUGUAAGAAUGCAGUUUUGGCGGCUUACGCCAAUGGAAGAUCAACUGCUAUGGUUGUCGACAGUGGUGCGACUCAUACCAGUGCCGUUCCGGUUCACGAUGGUUACGUUAUCACACAGGGAAUAGUCAAAAGUCCUUUGGGCGGCGAUUUUAUUACCAUGCAAUGUAGACAAUUUUUUGAAGAAAAGGAUAUCGAAUUGGUACCUGCUUGUCUUGUUGCUAGUAAAGAUGUGGUAAGAGAAAGAGAUCCUCCACGUUGGACCAGAAGACCAGGACCACAACCAACCACUUCUUGGCUGAGUUACAUGGUACGAGAAGUAUUGCAAGACUUUCAAAUGAAUUGCUUACAAGUUUCUGACAGUCCAUACGACGAGGACAUGGCUAAUACAUUACCUAUGAAACAUUUCGAAUUUCCAACUGGUUAUAACGAUGAUUUUGGCUCCGUAAGACUCAUGAUACCAGAGGCACUAUUUGAUCCUAGUAAUGUUAAAGGUGUUGGUGCUAGUAUUCUAGGCGUUGGUCCGUUAGUAACAACAAGUGUUGGAAUGUGUGACAUUGAUAUUAGACCUAGUUUAUACGGUAGCGUCGUAGUCACAGGAGGUAACUCUUGUCUCCAAGGUUUCAGCGACAGAUUGAACAGAGAUUUGGCCAGUAAGACACCUCCGAGUAUGAGAUUGAAGAUAAUCAGCGCCAAUAGUUCGAGCGAACGUCGUUAUGGUGCCUGGAUCGGUGGCUCGAUCCUUAGCUCACUUGGAUCCUUUCAACAGAUGUGGCUUUCGAGACAGGAAUACGAGGAGUCCGGAAAAUUGAUUUUAGAACGAGAUCGAGGUCUUUUAGAAAAGUGGAAGGGUGAUUUUGAAACACAACGCACAGAGAUCGAUCCACCUUGCUCGGCUCGAUAAAUCAAAUAAUAAUUGAAUCAAAAUACACGUAUAAACAUUUCAUUAUUAUCACAUACAUAUUAUAGAGUUUAGGGUAAUAAUAAUUAGCUAUAUUUAUUACUUAAUGCAUCUAAGACGAUAAGUAUCUUGCAACGACUUUUGGAAACGGUAAGAUCGACGUUUGGCGAAUGAAAAAAAAAAAAAAAAAAAAAAAAAUGAUAACGACUAGUCAAUACGUAAAACAUUUUAUUAAUCAAAAUAUCGUUUUAUACAAUCGCCAAUGUCGUUGGAUCAACGUGCUUAUUAAAAAGGUAACGAUACAGUUCCUAUUUUACCCAAAUCAUUCGCACGUUGCUUUAUCGAAGUUCCUAUUUUUCUUCCAUAUUUUUUUAAUGCUUUUCGACAUUAAAAGAUCAACGAUAUGCAAUAUAAAAAUUUAUCGUCUGUUGAUCGAUAAAAAGAAAAAAAAAAAAAAUGUUCGAGUAAACUCGCGCUUUUGCGUAAGGAAAAAAAAGAAGUCACAAAAUUGUAUAAGGAUAAUAUUUAAAAAAAAAAUCUUUGAAUGUACGUAUGAAUUUUUUUUUUCCUUUUUAUUCUUUUCUUUUUUCCUUUUUUGCUAUAGCAAACUUUCGAAGGAACAACUUUUGCGCACGUAUACUCGACAUUUCUCUUGCGUCCAAUUUAUUGAGAAAAAAAAAAAAAGAAAAAAAAUGAAAAAAAAAUAAUAAAAACAAUUUUCCAAUGUGUAUAUAUACACAUAAUGAAAUAAUCUAUAACGUCUAUAUGACUGGCUAUUAAUAUUGGAAUUAAUCCUUAAUUAACGAAAUAGAUUAAAUAAUGUAAUUCGACGUUGUAAAAGCUAAGUGCUAUAAAUGCUUGUACGUCGUAUCGUCUCAUCAUAGCCGAGUGUUUGGAAUUUGAAUAAAAAAAAAAUUCGUUUGUAAUUCAUCGGGAAAUUUUGAUGCAAUAAAAAAACAAAAGAAAAAAAAAUGAAGAAAAAAAGAAAAUGGUAACGGAAUCUGUAGUUGAAAAUUUCAACAUGAUGUUAACAUUCGAAAAACUAUGUAUAACUUUUAAAAAAUCGAACAAAUUAAUUUCCACGAUUCUUUUUUAAAUUAUGUGUGUGUAUGUGCGAGAACAUGUGUACGGCAUGUGGGUGUAUGUGAGUCUCUUUAUCUUCAUAACGAGUUAGACGCGCGUUAUCCUUGUUCCUAAUCUUUUACGAAUAUGUACACAUUUGUACAAGACGAGUAUUAAAAAUUCCAACAAAAGGAAAAUAAACGCAGACGUCACUGAAACAUCUAUCACCGUAUUCUCUCCGCAUUCCCAUAUAUAAUAAUAUACCAAAGAGAAAUAGAGAGAAAGACGUUUAAAUAAAAUAAACAUAGGAUGAAAUUAACAAAGGAUUUAUCCAUUUGGUGGAUUACAAAAAAGAAUCAUAAAGAUUUUAUCACUUUCAUCAUUUUCGAUCGCAUCAACUAAAUUAAUAAGAUUAAAUGUAAUUUAAUCAUUUACGAUCUUACUUCAUAGAUUGAAUCAAUAAAUAAAAUUCUCAAUCCGUUGGAUGAUUUUAAAUAAUAAAUUAAAUACAUACAUAUAUCAUCAUACACAUAUAUAUAUAUAUAUAUAUAGAUAUUAAGAUCGUUCUUCUCUCUCUCUCUCUCUCUCUCUCUCUCUGUCUCUCUCUCUCUCUUUCUCUCUCUCUCUUUCUCUCUCUCUCUUUCUCUCUGUCACAUGCCUUGAUAGCAUGAUCUUAAAAUUUCUUCUUCUGUAGAAUUUAUCGAAUACAAUUGGAUAUUCCAUCCUAGCUACCUAAUCGCACCGGUUUCGGUAGAUGACAAAUUGCAUUGUGCACUGGCAUUGCCAACCAACCUGCUAAUGCGAUACCAAUCGAAUCUGCCAUUGUGGCAAUUCCCAAAGAAAUUUUUCUAUCCGCUCGUGGAAUCUGAAAACAAAUAGAAAUUAUAAAAAAAAAAAAAAAAAAAAAAGAAUGAACAAAAAAAUACGCGCAUACAUUCUACCGAAUUAUAAAACUACAUAUUACAAAAAGAAAUAAUAUAUUAAUUGAAAAAGCUAUUGUUUCAGUUAUUAUUCUAAUAUUGAAUGAAUUCAAAAUAAUAAAAAAUGAAAGCUAAUUUUUUUAUUUUUCAUGUAUUCGUCGAUUAAUUAUUCUAACAUUAAUUAAAAGAGAAAAAAAAUAUAUAUAUAUACCUCAGUCGACAUUCUGUAGAAAGUAUUAACAUAGGCGCCACCACCUAGAAGACCUUCCCAUAAUACAAUAGUAAAGAUGAUCCAAAUAUUUGGUAUAUAAUAAUAGAUCGUCUCGAAAAGUAGAAUAAUGACGUUGAGGAACUGAAAAUGUGAUAAAAAAUAGAAUUUAGGUUACGUCAUUUGAAAAAAAAUAAUUCGAUCGAUAAGGAAAAAGAAAAUUUGCUGAUUAAAAAAAAAAAAAAGAAAGAAAAAAAAAAGAAAAAAAAAUCGUAUUACGUUGAAUAUUAUUGCAAGAGUACAAUGUUUCGUUACCUGUAGAACAGCCAUAAUCCAGAUCUUAUUAAUGCUAACUAGAUUCACCGAUGACCUCGAAAUAAAUACGCCUAUCUGAUAGUCUACUUGAAACCACCUGUAUUGUUCCUGAUGUUUCAACCAUAUAUUAUCGUAUUGAAUUAAUUCAUACUAUAAAAGAUAAAAGAAUAAAUUAAUAAAAGAAAUUCGAAGCAUCUAUAAGAUGAAAAAAAAGAAAAGAUGAAGUAGAAGAAGAAGAAGGAAAAUUUUAUAGAGAGAUAUAAGAUUGAAUUAGAAAGUAGAAACUUAUUACCAGGCCGUUAUUAAUGAAAUAUUCGAAGAAAUAAACGAAUCCAAGAGGAAUCAUGUAUUUGAGUAAACCAGGAAGUAAAUUGAUUUUAUCCUUGAAACUUUUUCUCGGUAAUUCAAUGAUAUGUUCCUGACUAUCUAUACCAUCCUUGGUAAUAGGAAUAUUUGUUUGAGAUGGAUGAACCAAGAUGAACCAAAAUGUUAUAGCUUGUAUUAAUGGUACAAUCAACAUUAGUAGCAAAGUUUCUGAUGUAUUCAGCCACAUUGAUAAACUCGCAUAAGAUAGGGCACCAAUGAUACCGGCACCUCCAGUUCCCGACGACCACGUUGAGAUAACUUCUCUAAGAAAACAAAGAAAGAAUGAAAUAUAUGUGCAAUGUCAGGAAUGAUAUAUUAUUUUUUUUUUUUUUUUUUUUCUGGAACUCCUUCGUGGAAUAUAUUUUUAAGCUUGCACAUAUGUUUUGUUUACGGUUUCUUUUUCGCAUGCAUAAAUGCAUACAUUGCAAAAGCAUACAUAAGUAUACGUGAUAGUACAUGCAGAAAGAUUAAACGAGAGAAUGAUAAGAUAUAGAAUUAAUUAAUAUUUCAAGUAAGGUAAUUAAUAUUUUGAUAGAGAGAGAAAAAGAGGAAAAGAGAAAGAGAGAGAAAGAGAGAGAGAGAGAGAGAGAGA